ACUGGGCUAACUGACCUCAUACCCCUACCCCUCUAAAAACAUAUUUUGUAAUCAAGGGAUCAAAAUGGCGGCCAGCGCACGUUGUUUGAGAUCACUUAUUCGUUCGUCCUCAUCUGUCAAUAGGACAUCUGCCUGUGUACUACGAUGCCUGAAAGCCAAUCCCACCGCUUCUGCAUCAUCUACGUCUAUAGCUCUAAGGACGAGUAUAAAAGAAAGUGGAAUGUUAAAUGUAUCCAGAAGAUUCAGUCUGGCCACGAGAGUUCAAAGCUUCAGACCUGCAUCAGCAGUUGCUAUUCUCUGCAACUCUCCUAGCAUACUAAACACAGGGAUGUCCCCAGAGGGACUUGAUGGUAACCUUGGAGAUGAUGAGGGAGAAAGCUGGUCUCAGAAUGGUGACAAUGCUUAUAUAGAAGGGACAUAAUGUACAGCUAGCCGACAUGCUUAUGGUUCACAUCUCACCAAACUACUUGGAGCAUUUAUUGUCUUGUCUUUUAAUUUCAUUUUGAAAUGAAUAAAUAACAUAAGCUGUUGGGAUACUUCACACCAACUUAAUAAAAAGUAACAUAUAGUAAACUAGGUGUUUUUUACAGUUUGCUAUAACAUAUUCAACAAGGCAGUGAAAAUGGUUUGUGCUACAAAGGUCAAUAAAUUAUGUUUUACUGC